AGAGAAGCGCCGUCCCGACUCCCGAUGCGUGAGUGGUGUUUCGCUAGACUCACAUAGCGGAUUAGGCUACUAUGUCAAAUAUUUUAGAAGCAUCGCGGAUGUACGGAUAUAAAUCCCGUCCAAAAGAAUUAUUUUUAUUUCGGUUCUAUGUAUGAACGUCCUAAUAAUCUUGAGUUACGGUUUUGUAAAGAUGAGGCAUUCAACUUAAGUCCUAAUUGGACCCAGCCGGAACGACUCUGGCAGGUCGAGAACUGUGUGGUCUGUGGACGGAGAGAGGUCAUGACGCGCAGAAACUCAGACAUCCACGUCUUAUUUACCUCCGGAGAGACAUCGGACAACGACUGUGAAAUGGGGGAAAGUUGUGUCGAGAGAGAUGGAGUGUGUCUGUGUGAGAUUAGACCUUGUUCACUGUACGCCGAAGCACACACACACACACUGCUGGACACAUUAACCUGUGAGCACUGUGGUAAAAACAGGGUGGCGAUUACCAGGUAUUCAGAAGGCUAUGGCACAGAGGAGGAAUGUGUUUUGUCCGAUCCUCAGGGAGAAAGCGAUGCAGAUGCUGACAUAGAAGAUGCAGACUGCAGACUGCAGGAGCCAGGUUCUCUCCAGCGAAUCAGCUCACGGAGACGCAGACGACCACGAGUCACACGGCAGGAUACAACGGAGAGCGAGGAUGACGGUGGGCGGAGCCACAGGUCCCAUCGCUGGAACCUCAGACUCAGUCCUCACCGGGCUCACGGCAGGACCAUUCAGGAGGAGAGUGUGUCCCAGGUCAGACCGCUGGUAAUAUGUCAGCCCAGUGUUGGAGAAGGCCAGAAGGCCCCCGUAGAAACCUCCGAAAGACCCAGGUGGCUGAUGUCCUUGAGGCCCUCAAGUCUCUCACUCUCGUUUAUCCUCCUCCUCUCUCUCCCCUCUCUCUCUUUCCUUAGUCAUUGUUCUCAUGUCUUUCUUUCUGCCGUCGGCCGGUGCUUGACCAAACUGUACGUUCGUUUGUGUUGUUUGUGUCUGAUGCGAUUUCUGUCACGAUGGUGAGACAGGCAGCCUGUGCUACUCCACCCUUUAUUUUGUCCACCUAUCUUCUCGCUUUUUGAUUGGCAUGCUUUUAUUGUCUCUCUUCUUCUCUAUCUCUGGCGUUUUCUCUCUUUUUCCUCUUUCUCCGUCUUUUUCUCCCUCUCUCCCCCCUCGUUUGUAAAAAUAGACCUCUCGGCUCGCUGCCUCAUACUAAGCAGAGAGGGUGUGUGAUACGGAGGAGGAAGGGUUAGAAUGUCGCGCACGGAUGGUGUGGUUUGGCUCAAUGGAAAAUAUGUAAAUAACUGAACUAUGCAAUCCUCUCUAUCUCCCUCCCUCCCUCCCUUUCUCUCUCUCUCU